AACACGCGUGAACCUCAAAACUCAACACAAUGCAAAUUCCAGCCUUCUCGUGAAUUGCAGAAUAUUGUCUCUUCGCUUGACGCAGUCGAGCGAAAACUGCCGGCACAUCCUGACCUGGCAAUAUGGCCUCUCAAACAGACCUGCAGGAGCUGCUACGGCUCCUCACCACGGCCAAGGUGCCCAUCAAAGAUGCCAUGAUGAGGAUAAAGCUGCUCCAGGGCAGCAACCUGCGCAGAUUGCCGAAUCUCCCCUCUCCACCGUGGAGUCUGCCAUCAAAGACACAAAAGCUGCCCGCUCGCUGCACAAUGCGUGCAAAGCCCGUGUGAAGCAGCUCAACAACCCCGACGCCGCCGCCGCCGCCGCAGCAACCGGCAAUAAGCGCAGCGGUUCAUUACUGGCAGGCGGCGGCGGCAGCAGCAGCAGCAGCGCAAAACGACAAAAAGGCGAUGGCGCACUGUUCACCGAAGGGCCCGAGGCAGU